UGUUACUACUCCAGGAGCUCAAUCCUCGAGGAUGCGAGAUGAGAGCACGCCGAAGAUUCGUAAGAAGAACCUAUCACUCGAUGGGGCCGAAUUAUCUAUGGAAUGCUGAUGGUUACGACAAACUUAAGCCGUUCGGCUUGGCCCUGUCGGGGUGCAUAGAUGGGUUUUCGCGGAAAAUAUUGUGGCUUGUAUGUGGGCCGACAAAUAACGACCCAUCAGUCAUUGCUCACAAUUUCCUCUCUUGUGUACGAAACCUCGGUGUUGUACCUAUGAGAUUGAGGACUGAUUGUGGCACAGAGAACGGCACUAUGGCCGCAAUUCAGUGUACCCUACGCCAACAGCACACAGACUACUUCUCAGGAGCGUCUAGCCACAUGUACGGCUCAUCCACAAACAAUCAACGCAUUGAGUCGUGGUGGUCCAUAUUUAGAAAAGGAAGGUCUCAGUUCUGGAUGGAGUUAUUUGCUGACCUCAGAGAUGCAGGGCAUUUCAAUGGAAGUCAUGAGCAUCAAUGCUUGGUGAGGUUUUGCUUCACUGAAGUCCUGCAGAAGGACCUGGAUGAAUGUGUUACUCUGUGGAACAGUCACAGGAUUCGCACAUCGAGAACAGCAUCAUGUCCUGGGGGAGUGCCCAAUGAACUGUACUACUUACCACACAGGUUUGGCUCCAGGGACUGUGGGUUUGGAAUUCAACAGACAGAAUUGGAUGUCUUCCCUGAGGACAAGUCAAUCAGUCCAUGUGGUGACCCAGACAUCCAGGAGUACUUGGACUUUGUUAUGGAGCACAUUCAGCUGCAGAUGCCAAAUAACUGGGAGGCAGCAUCAGAACUGUAUCUACAGCUUAAAGACAUUGCACAGCUAUAACUGUUCUGAUCACAGAUAUUAACUGUAACUUUUGGAGUUCAGCUGGAAAAGAUCUGACCCAAAUAAUAAGAAAUAUUGUAAAAUCAUAAAAAUAUAUAUAUUUUUUUGCAAAUAUGAACAAAAAUGCUUCAAGAAUUGUAUAUCUGAAUCUACAAUAAACCUGAAUUCAUUUAAGGAAA